UGAGGCCGAAACCGAUCUGAGAUCUCCACCAAAUCCUCCCCACCGAACGGCGGCGCCCGGGCACCGCACGGUCGCCCUCGAAAUGGCGCCACUCCCACACCGACCUCGCAAGAAGCGCCGGAUUCCUGAUGCCACGGCGCCGGCGGUGGCGUCCGAUGCCCUGCUCUCUCUGCCCCCGGAGGUACUCGACGAGAUCCUCUCUCGCCUCGACCUCCGCGACGCCGUCCGCACCUCCGCGCUCUGCCGUGCCUGGCGCCGCCGCUGGGAGUCUCUCCCCUCUCUCGACAUCAACAUCCCGUACGACCAGCAGGCGCUGUGGACCGUCGACUGCGUCCUACCCCGCUGCUCCGGCCGCGUCCGCCGCUUCCACACCUUCCUCGACGAGCUCUCCGCCCGCCGCUUAGACGACUGGCUCCUCGUCUUCUCCCGCCGCGGCGGCGUCGAGGACCUCAACAUCCAUCGGAACGACAACAAGUUCUUUCCCCUUCACUCCUCCGUCUUCUCAUGGCGCCGCCUCCGUCUCCCUCGACCUCUUCACCUGUCACAUCCCACCGCUUCCCCCGGGCUUCGAGGGCUUUCCAGACCUGAAGGUCCUAAGCCUUUCCAAUGUGAAGUUGCAGCAGAAUGGGGGGUACCAACUGAAGGAGAUCAUUGAACAUCCCCGUUGCUCGAGAGGCUGAUUCUUUCCGAAGUCUUCAUCGGUGGGGACUGCUUCAUAGAAUGGGAAAUUCGGGCGCCCAAUUUAUGGCACCUAACGAUUUGUUCGCCUUACGAUUGUGGUUGGAAUCUUGUGGAUCUGCCAUGCCUGCAUUCCGCUGUCAUUGAAUUGUGGGAGUAUGGUGACCGAGAUUUUGCAAAGUUUCUCUCUGGGCUUGUUCAUGUUAGGAAGCUUAUGCUCAGCACGUUUUAUGCACCGGUAAAUGGAGUGAGCAUACUGGAGACACUUCCAUGCACCUUUGGCAACUUAGAGAUCUUGAAAUUGUUAAUGCAUUUUAGUGAACUGCCUCCCAUUUUGUUCAUGUUCUGCUUACUAAGGAACACCCCCAACCUUGAAAAACUUAAAAUACUGAUAUGUUGGGGUGAAGAGCAGAAAAUUGAGGCAAAUGAGGAGUUUCUAAAUGCACAGUGGACUGAUAGAAUGUGUGCCAAACUUCAGGUUGUGCAGUUGACUGGUAUUGAUUGGCUUCCAAAUGCACUGUCUUUUAUGGAGCUCAUUCUCUCUAAAGCAAGGUUUCUGCAUUCAUUAGCUGUUAGUCAUGAUGAUAAAUGCUCAGUAUCUCAUAAGGAUCCACUAAAUGAGUUACUAAAAUGCAGAAGAGCUUUAGCUCAAGCCCAGGUUUUGUUUCAAGGUUCAGCGGGAUAUUAUUAGAUCAGUGGCAUCUUCUGUGCAUUAGUGGAUUUGAUGUGCAAAAUUGUUCCAUUUGAAUGAUACAAUACUCCCUUCGUUUUAUUGUUUUGGUGGUGUCACAUAAGUAAGAUGUAACUAAUGGCCCGUCCAAUGGCUCUUUGUAGUUUGUGUUACGUUCUUAAAAAAGAUUGACGUGCCAUUGGUAGUUUGAUAAUUUGUUGAUGCUUAUGUUUUGUAUGCAAUUCCAGACUGCCUUUUGCAAGUAAUGUAUACUCGAGCAUACCUGACCUGAGUUGGCAAAAUAUGGUUAUCCUGUAGCUAAACUGAGAGGCGGGAUCAGUUGAACCGUGCAUGGGCUGUAUGAGAGUGCGUUCAUCAUUGUAGCCUAGAAAAGGGGUCAUAUAGGGAAGGA